UUUGGAUCCGAUCGGGGCAGAAACAGCGCCAUCGGAUGGCGCUGUUCCGAAGAUUCUUUUACCGGAAGCCGCCGGAUCGCCUUCUUGAGAUCUCCGAGAGGGUCUAUGUUUUUGAUUGUUGCUUCUCCACGGAUGUCUUGGAAGAAGAUGAGUACAAAGUUUAUAUUGGGGGCAUUGUAGCUCAGCUACAAGAUCACUUUCCAGAUGCUUCUUUCAUGGUGUUCAAUUUCAGAGAAGGGGAUGGGGUUAGGCGCAGCCAAAUUUCAGAUAUAUUGUCUCAGUAUGACAUGACAGUUAUGGAGUACCCUCGGCAAUAUGAGGGAUGUCCACUUCUGCCUUUGGAGAUGAUUCAUCACUUCCUUAGAUCAAGUGAAAGCUGGCUGUCUUUGGAGGGGCAACAAAAUGUGCUUUUGAUGCAUUGUGAAAGGGGGGGUUGGCCUGUGCUGGCAUUUAUGCUAGCUGGUCUUCUCUUGUACAGGAAACAGUACAAUGGGGAGCAGAAGACUCUUGAAAUGGUCUACAAGCAAGCACCCAAAGAACUUCUACAAUUUUUGUCUCCUUUGAAUCCACACCCUUCUCAGUUAAGAUAUCUUCAGUAUAUUUCCAGGAGACAUUUGGGUUCUGAGUGGCCUCCAUCAGAAACACCCUUAUAUUUGGAUUGUCUGAUUCUUAGAGUCCUUCCAUUAUUUGAUGGUGGAAAAGGUUGCAGGCCUGUUGUGCGUGUUUAUGGUCCGGACCCUUCAAAACCUGCUAUUAGAAGUUCUAAGCUUCUUUUCUCAACUUCAAAAUCCCGAAAACAUGUUCGCCACUACCUACAGGCAGAGUGUAUGCUCGUGAAAAUUGAUAUUCAUUGUCGUGUUCAAGGGGAUGUCGUUAUUGAAUGCAUACAUUUAAGUGAAGAUUUCGUUCGUGAGGAGAUGAUGUUUAGAAUCAUGUUUCAUACUGCAUUUGUACGGUCAAAUAUAUUGAUUCUUAGCCGAGAUGAAAUCGAUAUAUUGUGGGAUGCAAAGGAUCAGUUCCCCAAGGACUUUAAGUCUGAGGUGCUUUUUUUGGACGCUGAUGCUGUUCUACCAAAUCUAGCCUCAGUCAUUGUGAGUGGAGAUGCAAAUGAGGCUGAAAGUGCUUCACCUGAGGAAUUCUAUGAAGUGGAAGAGAUCUUCAGCAAUGUAAUUGAUACACAGGAAGGUAAAGGGGAUUGCGAUUCUCCAAUGGUUCGUGACAAUGCAGUAGAUGAUGGAAGUCAUAAAGAUGUCUGGAAAGAGUAUUCAGAUCCUCAUACUUUUCAGGAUUCUUCAUCAGGUGAUGGGAUUCACCAACAGGUUGGAAGGACGGGUUUUGGUAUUGAUGCAGUGAAAGACAUUACUGUUGAUGAUGUGAAGUUCAAGCCCAAUGAGAGGGUGGAUUCAGAUACUCAUGCAGUGAAAGACAUUGCUAUAGAUGAUGGAGAAAAUAAAUCAACUUCCACUGGAGUCACUUUUGGCGCUCUGGAGACAAAGGAAGUCACUGUGGAUGAGCAUGAUGAGUUGGAAGUUAUGCAAAACAAGUAUGAUGAAGAUAACAAUGCAACAAAAAAAGAAUUAGAAUCCGAGGAGGGGCAGCAGGUGCAUGAUCUUUCCAGACAAGAAUCCGAUAAACUACUUGCAUCUGUUGUUCCUUCAAAGUCAAAUCCAAUGGAAGAUACAAUUGCAGCAAAGCAUAAGACUAAACAUCAAGAACCACCACAGCAUCAAGAACCACCACAGGGUUUUCAGGCAAAACAAGCAAAACCAAAUGCUCCAACUAGGUGGAUUCCUUCUAACAAGGGUUCUUAUCAAGAGUCAAUGCAUGUCUCAUAUCCACCAUCAAGGCAUCAGAAUUCACCAGAGCAGUCAAAUUCUACCUCUACUAAGGAGAAAAUAACUGAUGCCAAAGGAAGACAUGCUUCUGGUUCUCAUGUCUCUGGAGUAGAUGUUUCUAGGGAGAUGCUGAAAAAUUGUAAUGGGGUCAAUUCAAAAUCUUCAGACAGCAUAGCAGAAAUAGAUGUAGACUUAAACUCUUCACUAUCAUCAAUUAUGUCAGUUAAAGAGACAUCUCUUCAGUCUGCUACUCAAGAACCACAAUUGUGCUCCGAUGAAGUGCCACAAUCUCCUUCUCCACCAAUUUCACCAUCUUCAUCCUUGAAUGGUAAGGUGUCUAUAAUGCCAAAGCCGCCGCCGCUGCCACCACCACCACCACCCACUUCAACAUUAUUUAACAGGCAAAAUAGAGGGAUGAACUUACAACUUGCAAAUUCUCCUCCUCCUCCUCCUCCACCCCCACCUCCAUUUUUCGGGGAAAAAAGAGAGGCCUUUUUACCUCCUCCUACCCAUUGGAAAUCUGUUUAUUCAUCAACUAACAUAGUCGGAGACAAUGGUGAGGCUUUACCUUCUCCUCCUGCUCCUCCCAUUGCAAAUAGAUCAACUACAACAAAAGUUUAUGAAGUACUUGGUGCAAUUUCCCUUACCUCACCACCACCUCCUCCUCCUCCUCCUCCUCCCCCUCCUCCUUUGUGUUCUUUGGAUAGAGCUUCAUUCACUCCUUCCUCAAUAUCCCCAACUACAUCACUUAAAGCUUCACCUCCACCACCACCACCACCUCCUUUUUGUAGAGUUCAACCUCCACCUCCAUCUCCUUUCAGUAGAGCUUCACCAACACCAACUCCUCCUCCUCCUCCCUCUUUUAGUAGAACUCCAUCACCACCACCUCCACCUCCUCCUCCUCCUAGUAGAGCUCCACCGCCUUCACCACCACCUCUUCCUCCAUCAAAUGGAGCACCACCUUCACCUCCUUUUAGUAGAGCACCACCACCUCCGCCACCACCUCUUCCUCCAUCUAGUGGAGAACCACCUCCACCUCCAUCUUCUUUUAGUAGAGCUCCACCGCCUCCGCCACCACCUAUUCCUCCAUCGAGUGGAGCUCCACCGCCUCCACCUCCACCUCCUUUUAAUAGAGCGCAACCACCUUCACCACCACCUCUUCCUCCAUCAAGUGGAGCACCACCUCCACCACCACCUCCUUUGAUGUCUAGAACUCCACCUCCCCCGCCUCCACCAACUCAUGGAGCACCAUCACCACCACCGCCUCCAAUGCGUGGAGCUCCACCACCACCGCCUCCAAUGAAUGGAGGAGCACCUCCUCCUCCGCCACCUCCAGGAGGCCGAGGCCCACCUCCUCCACCACUUCCAGGUGGCCGAGGCCCACCUCCUCCGCCACUUCCGGGAGGUCGUGCUCCUGCUCCUCCAGGUGGUGCUCCUCCUCCACCUCCACCUUUAGGUUCCAAAGGUGCAGUUGGAGCUGAUCCAAGAGGGAGAGGACGUGGACUUGCACGUCCUACAGGUGCUGGUGCAAUGGCAACUCGAAAAUCCUCCUUCAAACCUCUGCAUUGGAGUAAGGUAUCAAGGGCAUUGCAAGGAAGUUUAUGGGAAGAAUUACAAAGACACGGAGAACCUCAAAUUGGACAAGAGUUUGAUGUUUCAGAGCUCGAGAAGCUUUUUUCAGCAAAUGUUCCAAAACCUGCUGAUUCUGGUGGUAAAUCUGGAUCGCGGCGCAAUUCUGUUGGAUCCAAACCUGACAAAGUCACCUUGGUUGACCUAAGGAGGGCUUAUAAUACUGAAAUUAUGCUCACAAAGGUUAAGAUGCCACUUCCUGAUAUGAUGGCUGCAGUGCUUGCUAUGGACGAGUCGGUGUUAGAUGUUGAUCAGGUGGAAAAUCUCAUUAAAUUUUGUCCUACCAAAGAGGAGAUGGAACUUUUGAAGGGAUACACUGGUGACAAGGAGAAUUUGGGGAAGUGUGAAAAGUUUUUUAUGGAGCUGAUGAAAGUGCCACGGGUGGAAUCAAAAUUAAGAGUAUUCUCUUUCAAGAUUCAGUUUGGGUCUCAGAUUAUAGAGUUUAAGAUGAGUUUAAACACAGUGAACUCUGUCUGUGAAGAGGUCCGAAAGUCGCUCAAAGUGAAGGAGAUUAUGAAGAAAAUCCUUUAUUUGGGCAACACAUUGAAUCAAGGAACAGCGAGGGGAUCUGCUGUUGGAUUCAAGUUGGAUAGUCUUUUAAAGCUCACUGACACUCGUGCUUCUAACAGUAAAAUGACCCUGAUGCAUUAUCUUUGCAAGGUCCUAGCUGAAAAGUCUCCAGGACUACUUGAUUUUCACCUUGACCUUGUUAGCCUGGAAGCAGCCACUAAGAUACAAUUGAAGUCAUUAGCAGAAGAAAUGCAAGCAAUCAUCAAGGGAUUAGAAAAGGUUAAACAGGAGUUUACUGCAUCUGAGAAUGAUGGCCCUGUAUCCGAAGUUUUCCGUAAGACAUUGAAAGGAUUCAUUGAUGUAGCUGAGUCAGAGGUAGCAUUUGUAACAAACCUAUAUUCUGUUGUGGGUAGAAAUGCAGAUGCACUUGCACUAUAUUUUGGCGAGGAUCCUGCCCGUUGUCCAUUUGAGCAAGUUACUGCAACUCUCUUAAAUUUUAUAAGGUUGUUUCGGAAAGCACAUGAAGAGAAUUGCAAACAAGCAGAGUUGGAGAAGAAGAAAGCUGAGAAAGAGGCUGAAAUGGAGAAGGCGGAGAAGGCUAAAGGCACUAACUUGACGAGGAAGAGUGCAAAAGAUAGAGAAGAAAGCUGAGAAAGAGGCUGAAAUGGAGAAGGCUAAGGGCAUUAUCUUGACAUGGAAGAGUGCAAAAGAUAGCUGAAGACGUGGUUGU